GGCCCUCAUACAGGAGGCAUGGCUGCAAGGGUUGCUAGGAGGGGGCAGUAUGUGAGACAGGGCACCAGGCAGCAUGCAGCCGCUGGUCUGAGGAGCUAGCACUCUACAUUCCUUUACUUCACAGCUUCCCACAUUUUUUUUUCUACUGUUGGAUAAGGUCUCCCGUCAUAAUGUCCAGCUCUGUUUCCCUCAAGGAGCUUUUGAACUUAGCCAUAGGUUCUCCUGAACUCGGGGCCGUCAACUUCAACGCCCUCCACUCUCUGCUCCAUGGUCUCCUGGAUCACCUACAGCUUGGGGAUGUACAAAGAAAACUGUCCCCGGAAGAGAGGGAGUUCAUCAAACCGGGGUCAGUUCCAGUGGAGGACAACAGCAGACCAUCCACUUUCUUCCACCAGCUACAGGAGAAAGUAUCCAAGAUGGAAGCCAGACUUCUCCAGCUAGAUUCUCUGCCCAGCUCUACCAGCCUUCUGCAAGGUAGCCAGUCGCAGAACAAGCCCGUGGAGGAGAUGUGGCAACUCAUGCAGCUCCAGAAACGGAUGGAGGUCAACGAAAAUGGAGUGACUAAGUCCAUGAGUGCCUUCCAGGAACUGCUCAGCACCUUCAACAGUCUCCAGCAAGUCAACAACAUGAUGCAAGAAAGAUUGGCCUCCCUCAAUGACCUGGUUACCAAGAUAAACAUUCAGGAGAUAGAGAAGAGACUGCAAGGCCUGGAGGGGCAGACACACAACAUUCCACUGCUUAUGGAAAAGACGGAGGGUCUACAGAAGAGACUGAACUCUUACCCUGACCCAGUAGAGCUGGUGACCUGGCCAUCGCUCCAUGACGCCCUGACCGAAAAGAGUUCAGACUGGGCUCUCAGCAACGACACAAAGCAGAAGAAUGUGAAGGAGGUACUGAACAGUUUGGGGACCCUCAGCAGCAGACACGAGGGGCUGCAGAAUCGAGUCCAGAGUAUUGAGGAAGAGCUGAAACGGUUGGACCUGCAGAUGGGUAAGAAAGGCAUUCCUGGAGAUUUGCUGCAGCAGUUACAGACCCUGAGUCAGGAUGUACAAAAACUUUUUAAUGAAAACAGAAAGGACAAGGUGGACAUCAAGGCCCUCCAGAAUGGCCUCCAUGAGUUAAACUUGGCCCUCCAGAAACUGGAAACAAAAACAGACAAACUGGCUGCAGACCUGUCAGAGACUGCGACGUUUCAGAGUCAGAUAGAUGAGCUGGAGAAGAAGAAGUUGAACAGGGAGGAGUUGGCGUUGGAACUUGAUUUGAAAGCUGACAAGCGGGCACUGGAAACCAAAGUAGGCCAUUCUCAGCUGGAGGCGGCUAUCGGUGGGGUCAAUGCAGUGCUGGAGGAUCUGAUCAAGAAACUGGCAAUACAGGAGUCUGAGUGGCAGAAUAUGCUACAGAAACUGCUUGCUGAGCUGGAGACCAAGCUGAGCCGAUCAGACUUGGACUCCAUAUACAAAGACCUGGAAGAGCUGUGGAGGUUCCUCAAGAAGCAUCUCAGCACCAGACAAGCCUUCGACCCGGACGGAGCCGCUGGAUUUAGGAAGAAACUAUUCGAGAGAGCCAAAUGCAUUUCUUGUGAUCGGUCGGUCAUCAUGGCAACAAAGCCGCACCUUGUCACAGUUCGCUCAGCCACUCUGAUCCCCCGGAACCGGCAAGGAGAAUUCGGCAAUAACGGUGACCCCCAACAGAUAACAGACCCAGAAUUUCAGUACACAGAACCACCAAGACCCCACACCGCCUGCUCCCUUCACAGAAAGACAUCCCGCAGCCAGAACCUGUCCACUGUUUUCCCCUAUGGCGACCCGGUACAGAUCCAGUACAAAAACAGUGUGUUUGACUUGAUGGGAAUUGAUGGCGCCAUGUACAAAGGCCGAAUUGAUGCAAAUUUUACAAAUAACAUUCCAGAAAGGGAAGCGGCAGUGAAAACGCCUCAGCCUCCGUAUAGGGCAUCAAUAGAGAGGGCCCGUUCUGCCGCCCCGCACUUCAGAAGUCACAGCGCCUCCAACACACGUACACCAUAUCACUCCGCACGGACAACCCGCACCGACAUACAAGUGCCAUCAACCCCGGACACCUCACCACCCACAUUCCAUAUGCCAUCUGCCGCAGAGACCACUGAUUUAUUCCAGCACCCAAUUACCAGUGAUGAGCAGUGGGGUGACCCUUAAAGAAGGCUGGAAGACCAACAGAUGGGCUAAUGACCAAAAAUCUCCCAAUGUGACUGGCACUGGGCGUUCUGUCACGUGGAUUUUAAAUCUUUAUUUUUUUUUUUUUUUCCUCUCCUUUGUAUAUAUUCAAUAAAUCCAAAGUUUAUAUCUUGA